ACGCGGCAGCCAUAGUUCUGUGUUCGAGUGGACUGUUUGAUCUUAGUUGAUAUUCGUUAAAAGUUUUAUGAAAAUGGCAACAACAUUAAAAAAUGGAACCCUUCCUGUUUCUUCUUUGUCUGCAUUUAGCUACAUUCCUCCAAAAAGAAGUGAUCCGAAGGAGCUUACCUAUUUCAAUAGCAAAACCAAGGAUGUGGAAGUCUCAACAUAUGACUGCUUGUUUAAAAGACCAGACAGUUACAAUCAGAAACUUCAUCGUGAUGACAGAGAGCAUGCUAAGAGCAGAGGACUGAAUCUAAACAACGAGGAAAUAUCAAGACCUGUACCGGUUUUGUCAUCUUCAGAAUAUGGACGACACCUGUCUAUCGCAGUAGACAAACCAGAUCGUAAAUGCGUUAGAGUUGGACUGGUGCGUUCUGAAUUCUACAGGAGAAAUGGAUUUGAGCAUUCUGUUGAAGAAGGUUAUGGAUCUGUCAAACCUGCCUAAAACCUUGUGAGUGUAAUCUGCACACAGAUUAUAGGGCAUUAAACCUUACCAAAUAAUAUAGAAACUAUAAUUUAAGCUUUUGAUACCUUCUAGUAUUUUGUUUAGUAAAGAAACUGAAGAAAAAAAGGCACAUUUGAGGAUGUUGUGUAUUUUAAUGAAUGCCGGUGCAACAAAACGGGAUAUAAAGAAAGAAAUAUUCCAUAUUUCCACUGAAUAAACCUCAGUAUAUUCUCCUCUGUACCUCUGUUCAAGCAUAUGACAAUUUGCUUGGGAAAUAGUGAGAUAAACAGUAUAAUAUAUUGUCAGUACAGUGAUUAGGCUUGUAUUUUUGCAUUUAUUUUAAAACAGAUUUUCACUUCUGUUUCUGCAUUUGCCCACACUUACCAUGGCUUUAUAUGUGUUUUGUUAUUAUUUAGUAACCAAGAGUUUUUGCAUUGGGCUGCAUUUUUUAGGAAAUUGCUUAAAUGUUUUAACAGCUUGGUAUAUUUUAACACAGUUAUAAAUGCUAAACUUUGGUCCCAAGUGCACAAAACAUGUUAAAUUUAAGUUUCUGUAAUAUGUAGGAAAGAUGUUCAAUUUCUGUUAUUUCUCUUUUCCAUUAUUUGAAGGUGAACUAAAAUAAAAAUAAAUAUAAGAACCAAAGUUUGUGUGAAUUCAGUGGAACACAUUUAUAGAACAGUCUUAUGACAAAAAACUAGUGUUCCAAAAUCAUUAUGCAUUGCACAUACUUAAAUAUGAUUCCUUAGUGUCAGUUUAUUACAUUUUCUUUGCUUUCUUUGAACUGUCUUUUUUAAGAACCUGAAAGUAAUUUCCUGCUACUCCCCACAGAAGUAAUACAGUUACGGUCGCUUCCAGAAAUGAAGAGCUAUCAGUAAUACAUUUGAUUCUCCUGCAAAUAUUUAAUGUUAUUUGUAAAGGAGGGCUGGUAUCCCUGGCUUCACAGAUGUCACUGCGAACCCAACCAACUUCCUUUAGUAUUAGUAAUUCUGUUAUUUUUUGCUUGCCUUUUUGUAUUUUUUUCAUCCACCAAAUGCUUUCUGUAUUUAAUAGUUUUGUGUGUUAAGCAAACAAAAAGUUCAUAAA